AACAUUGCUAUGAUAUGAAUGAAUGGAUGCAUAGGUUUGUAGAAACGGAUCGUUUGAAUGAACCGUAUAUUCAAUGGACAGAUGUUUCACCAAAUUUUAACACUUCAUAACAUUUGACAACCAUUUCUAUAUAACAUUGAUUUUAAAGUUAUCUUUUAAUUGUUUUGAUUGCCUUUUGUGUCAAUUACUUAAAGUCAUUGUUUUUAUUGUAAUCAUAUGAUUGCCAUUCAAUUGAAUCGAUAGUCAUAUUAUGGUUCACAAUAUGGCUAUUCCGGUGUUUACGACGAUUCAGGCCAUGUGUUGCAUCCAUCGCAUGCCUACCACUGCGUGAGUCCAGUGACCGGUCAUCACAACCACCAUCACUACAACCAAACACCCAGUCCUACGAUAGCACCGGAACACUACACCAUGAGAUCACUUGAAAGUAGUAUGCAUUCAUCUCCGAUGCAAAUGCAACAACAAAAUCACAUGAAUGGGGAUCACAUGAAUCAUAUGAUGUCCAACUCAAACAACUCUCCGAUGCAAAUGAGUGGUCGCGGCCAUCGAUCCUUUGGUGACGGUCACCAUCCAAUGGACUUGUCUUCACCGCAACCACAUUAUGAUCAUAUGAAUCACAGCAGACAUUAUCGCAAUCAUAGCCACGAAGAAAAAGCAUCGAGAGAUCAAUCACUGGUUUCUCUAAAUUCUGGAGGACUGAGCCUUAUGGUACCUCCUCAAGGUCACGCACCUCCAAGCCCUUUACCAACACCUUCACCACCCAUUGAUGAUAGACAUAGGCCUCGAAGGGGUGAACAGAGAUUAACGAGAGAAGCGAUGAGGAAAUACAUUCGCGAGAAAAAUGACCUCAAAAUCAUUAUACUUCACGCAAAGGUCGCACAGAAAUCAUAUGGCAAUGAAAAACGUUUCUUCUGUCCGCCGCCGUGUAUAUACCUAUUAGGAGACGGAUGGGCCAAAAGACAGGAACAAAUGAUCAGAGAUGGAGAGUCAGAACAGGGAGCAAAUCUGUGCGCUUUUAUCGGUAUCGGUAACUCUGACCAAGAAAUGCAACAAUUGGACUUCAGUGGCAAAAACUAUUGCGCCGCUAAGACAUUAUAUAUAAGUGAUUCCGACAAACGAAAGCACUUUAUGUUAUCCGUUAAGAUGUUUUAUGGCAACGGAGAAGAUAUCGGUGUGUUUUAUAGCAGAAGAAUUAAAGUGAUAUCAAAGCCGUCAAAGAAGAAGCAAUCUCUGAAAAAUGCUGAUCUAUGUAUCGCUUCGGGAACCAAAGUGGCGCUAUUUAAUCGUUUGAGAUCUCAAACAGUUAGCACUAGAUAUCUACACGUAGAGAAUGGCAAUUUCCACGCCUCCUCUACUCAAUGGGGGGCUUUUACUAUACAUUUAUUGGAUGAAAAUGAGUCUGAAAGUGAAGAGUUCACUGUAAGAGACGGUUACAUCCAUUACGGCGCCACUGUUAAGCUGGUCUGCUCUGUCACUGGAAUGGCUCUCCCAAGACUUAUAAUACGAAAAGUGGACAAACAGACAGCACUGUUAGAUGCGGACGACCCGGUGUCACAGCUCCAUAAAUGUGCCUUUUAUAUGAAAGAUACGGAACGCAUGUAUUUAUGUCUAUCUCAAGAGCGUAUAAUUCAAUUCCAAGCGACUCCGUGUCCUAAAGAGCCCAAUAAGGAGAUGAUCAAUGACGGUGCCUCCUGGACUAUCAUCAGUACAGAUAAAGCCGAAUAUACCUUCUAUGAAGGUAUGGGUCCUAUUCAUUCACCGGUUACACCCGUGCCUGUAGUUCACAGUUUGAACCUUAAUGGUGGCGGCGAUGUAGCAAUGCUUGAGCUAACCGGAGAAAACUUAAGUCCACUCCUCAAAGUAUGGUUUGGAGACGUCGAGGCAGAGACUAUGUAUCGAUGUCAAGAAAGUAUGUUAUGUGUAGUUCCAGAUAUCGGUGCCUUCCGAGAGGGUUGGCAAUGGGUCCGACAGCCAACUCAGGUUCAGGUAUCUUUAGUGAGAAAUGAUGGCGUUAUAUAUGCCACUGGACUGACAUUCACGUACACACCUGAGCCGGGACCACGUCCUCACUGUCCACAAGUGGAUGAAGUGUUACGUCCCGGUCUCAAUCAGUCACAAGGCCUGCAUCCACAUCAUUCACAUCACACGCCAUUAAGUCAUCAUUUAUUGCAAAGCGAUCACAAUAACCAUCCAAUGUCUCACAGUCUGGGAAUGGCCUCACAGGGAUUGAGUCCAUACAUGCAAACACACCAUCAGUCACCCAUUUAAAAGACUAAUUAAUGAUUCAAUUGGUGACACUAUUUGUAAUGAUUCAUAUUCUCUGUUAAAUUGAAAUAAUACUGUGAUAUGUAUUCAAGUUAUUAUACAACUAAUGAAACGCUUCUAUUGUAUACAAGACCUCAAAAUAAUUCAUUUCUAAAA